GUUUAUUAAAAAUCACCCUGUAAAUGAACCUGAUAAGAAACGACUAUAAAAUGACUCGAAUAUUUUUUCAAAGGAUUAGUUAUUUCAAAUCCAUUCGAGUUUCACCAAUGAAAAUGAAGCUUACUUUGCUUGUUCUUGCUCUGCUUGCAUCUCCACUUGUAGAGUGCCUUUACCUGCCGGCGACAACUUUGGUUAUGGAGGCUUACUAUGAAUGUUACAUACCACAACCCUUUAUACAUCUGUUAAUAAUAAUCACCGAUGGGUGCGAAAACAAACCGUUUUUUACGGAAAGCGAUACGGAAUUGUUUGAAGAAUUCAAGGACGAACAUCUGCAGGGUAUUGUGACUGAAAAGGUGUAUGAGUGCACAUCGCAAUUGCUGAAUCACCCAGGGCUGUAUAAGUUUCUAAAAACUCCAGAGAUGGAAGAAGUUAAAAAUUGUUCGCAACUGUAUACAUUGCAGUACCUCCGCAAAGGUUCACAUGUUACGCCUUCUGAAUUCACAAACUGUGUCAGUGACAGACUAACGAACAAACAAGUGCCUUCACCUGCCGGCGACAACUUUGGUUGUGGAGGCUUACUAUGAAUGUUACAUACCACAACCCUUUAUACAUCUGUUAAUAAUACUCACCGAUGCGUGCGAAAAUAAACCGUUUUUUACGGAAAGCGAUACGGAAUUGUUUGAAGAAUUCAAGGACGAACAUCUGCAGGGUAUUGUGACUGAAAAGGUGUAUGAGUGCACAUCGCAAUUGCUGAAUGAUCCAGGGCUGUAUACGUUUCUAAAAACUCCAGAGAUGGAAGAAGUUAAAAAUUGUUCACAACUGUAUACAUUACAGUACCUCCGCAAAGGUUCACAUGUUACGCCUUCUGAAUUCAUAAACUGUGUCAGUGAGAGACUAACGAACAAACAAGGUAAAACAUUGCUCUAGAAGGGGCUAAUCCUAAAAUACCUUAUUAUCUUAUUUUUAAUCACGUUUUUAAGGAUUUACUCUCCCGCACUUGUCUCUAAAGUUAUUGUCUGUAAAACCGUAAAAAUGGUUUCAAUACUUCAGAACUGAGUGAAAAUUUAAAUUUUUUAGUAGGUCCAGUAUUUAAAUUCAAGUUUGAGCAUUGCUCUAUACCGACCCCGAAGAGUAUUUUUAGAUUAUCUUAGUACGAUUUUUAAUCUUGUCUGUUAGUCCAAAACUGACGAACUGUUGGUUUCUGAAGAUCAGAUCCACCGAAUAUCUCUUCAAAGAAAAAUUACCUAACACAUUUUCUUCACAAGAGCAAGAAAAUAAAUGUUCUACUAUUUAAUAAACCAGUAACAACUUGAGACAAAUGGUAAGCACUCUAUCCACUAAAACCAUUAAAAUAUGAUAUAUUUUAUGACGGUUUUCAGCACUCUUUAAAGAUGCAGUUAAAAUUUGGCCAAGACGUUUGUUACAAAGUCCCUAACUACAGAAAAAUGUAUUUGGGUAACUUUUCUUCAAAUGAACUUUGUUUUCACAAUGAUAAAGGGUUAUAGUAUACAUCUAACAUUUAAAUAAAGUUUUUCUAUCUCA